AUGGAGGAAGAAGCUACCCCCAUCACUGAGGAUCAAAGGUUUGAAGCAAUGCUCGGUCUGAAAAAAUCUGGAUAUAUACGUGGUCUAGGGGCUGGUCCAAAGCCCACAACAUCUACAGAUGGACAACGCAUUCGUGCACAACUAGAGAAGGAGAAUGAGGAAUUGAAGAGGCAAGAUGAAACAAAUAGGAUGCGUUGGGAAUCGUUGGAGAGGGAAAACAGUGAAUUGACUUUGCGACUAGAGUCCUUAGCGUCCAAUAUGCAUGUUGAGAUACAAACACAAGUGCAUGUCGUGCUUCAAACUCAGCUCACCACAUUUUUUCGGCAUAUGAAAGAGUCGGGGCAAAUUUUUAUCUCUCUUCAUUGUGAUAGGGUAAGAUCUCUUAAAUUGGAAAAGUUCUAUUUCAUGGGUUAG